CGCACUGCCGCCCCUCGGCGGGUAUUAUGCCGGCGCUCCGGGGCCGCUCGCCACGCGCCGCGCACUCCACGUUUCGAUGCAAUAUUACGAUCGCGACAACUCCGUGCUCACUCACUAUUCCUUAACUUACACUUUAUAUGACAUAAAGGAAUGUAAAUAUUUAUGGAUGCCAGUUUUCAGUUAUUUAGAUUGGCUGUAAAAUUUAAGGUGAAAAUGAAAUCAACACGGCGCGUUCGGGUACACGAAGAUGCUAUUCGACAUAGUGAGUGUAAACGCGGCGGCGCGGGCGACCGGCUGGCGACGCCGCGGAUGUCGCUACUCGGCAAACCCAUCAGCUACCGCGCCACGCGACGCGACGCGUGCUGCCGUCGAUUUCAAUCUAAAUUUUACAAUUUCCUAGAACGGCCCAGGGGCUUUAAGGCCGUCUGUUAUCAUAUGAUUGUGUUCUUGAUGGUGUUCAUGUGUUUGUCACUGUCGGUUUUCUCCACUAUAGAAGAAUACGAAGCAAAAGCUGGCAUUGUACUUCUCUAUAUGGAGGCCGUAGUCGUCGUGUGGUUCGCUAUAGAGUUUUGUUUACGGUUGUGGUCGUCGGGAUGUCGCUCUCGGUAUCAAGGAUUAAUGGGCCGCCUCAAGUUUUUAAGGCGGCCUUUUUGCAUAAUCGAUUUUACAACGAUCAUAGCGUCUAUGGUAGUUUUGGGUAUGGGAUCCUCGGGUCAAGUGUUUGCGGCGUCAGCGUUGCGCGGUUUAAGAUUCUUCCAAAUCUUACGAAUGGUGCGAAUGGAUCGACGAGGGGGUACAUGGAAACUUUUAGGCUCAGUUGUUUACGCACACAGACAGGAACUGAUAACUACGUUAUAUAUAGGAUUUCUGGGACUGAUUUUUGCAUCGUUUUUAGUUUAUUUGGCCGAGAAGGAUGUUGCUGAUACCAAAUUUAAGAAUUUCGCCGAAGCUCUUUGGUGGGGUGUUAUCACGCUGUGCACCGUGGGGUAUGGCGACAUGGUACCGCAAACCUGGCAAGGAAAACUCAUUGCCUCAUUUUGUGCUCUUCUAGGAAUAUCAUUUUUUGCUCUUCCUGCUGGCAUACUAGGGUCGGGUUUUGCCCUUAAAGUACAACAACAACAAAGGCAAAAGCACAUGAUAAGACGUCGGCAGCCCGCGGCUACGCUUAUACAAGCUCUAUGGCGGUGCUACGCCGCUGAUGAGCACUCUAUGAGUGUCGCUACAUGGAAGAUACAUCAGAUACCGCUACCAAGCCCUCAAAUUAGUCGGGUCAUGAGUGCAUCAUUCAAGAACAAUGCUUCCUUUGUAUCGCGUCUACCUACAAUUCGAAGACACAAAAGUUCUUCCCUGCAUUCACCCGCACCCCAUUCGAAGCCUGCACAUCGGUACGACGUCAACGCAAGCGCAGAAAAUCUCGGGGCUACAAUUCACCACUCAGGGUGCACUCGAAAUAUCAACUCAGCCCGUAGCGACGACUCGGUGGCCGAAACAGCGCUCUCCAACAAAAAUUCCAAUGAUGAAGAGGACGAGCCCCGCUGUGUUACACUAACUCCGCGGCAUAAAGCAGCAAUUAGAUUUAUAAGAAAGCUCAAGUAUUUUGUCGCACGCAAGAGAUUUAGAGAAGCAUUGAAACCAUACGACGUCAAAGACGUGAUUGAACAGUACUCUUCAGGACACGCAGAUCUCCUUAACCGAACCAAGAACCUACAGUACAGGUUAGAUCAAAUUCUCGGCAAGCAAGGUUCAAAGGCAAAAGAUGUCUACGCGUCUAAAAUAAGCUUAGCGUCUAGAGUUGUUAAAAUUGAAAGACAAGUAGAUGAUAUAGAAAAUAAGUUAGACCAUUUACUAGAGAUGUAUGAAGAAGAUAGACGAGUAGCGCGAAGAAUAUGUAAUGAAGCGAACAGUAACGCCAAAGGUGGAGCUUCUGGGGACGGCCACACCCGACCAGCUAUUACGGAGAAACAGUACUCAGAACCAAAUUCACCUUUAUGCCGAACAUUUGAACAACCAGUUCAUGCUUCAAUUCCUGCUAUUGCAUUUAAAAGACCAAUGAAUAGAGGAUACUCAGAUUUGGGCGCUAGGUUCAUGCGCAAGAAAGUUAUAGUAAAAACAUCAUCAAGUCGAAAUGGCGAGUCUCCAAGAGAUGACGAAGUAGUGAUUGUAGUACCAACCGACAGGGAAGAUACUCCCCCGAGGCUCACAACAGAUAGCUCUGAAGUAUGCGCGAGUUGUUCCGUAGAGGUUGAAACGGAAGCUGGCGGGACACGGUCUGAUAGUUCGGGGUCCCCUUCCUGGUGCGAGGGUGAAGGUCCGGAUGAGCGGGACUACGGCUCUGGUGACUCUCUCGCUGAGGAGACGGCCCUGCUCGCAGAUGCAGUGCCUCCGCCCCAUCAGCCCCGUAUUUUGCGUCAACAAAGGCGGGACGUAGCAGUUGACUUACAUCUAUUGCGCCCCGAUGUAUGAGACAUGUUUAUAAAAGUGAUCGAAACAAGCAAUAUAUUUAAAUGAAAUACUAUAUUCGGUGGAUUACAAAAUUAUUUUACUUUCACAAUUAUUUAACAAUAAUUAUAGUGACGUCACCAACUUAGAUGAUUUGAGCGAUACCGAUAUUAUAUUGAAGCAAUCGCCCAUUUUUAUACUUAUAAUAAUAAUAAUUAAUUUAUUAAUAAUAAUAAUAUAUAGUUUAUAUCUUUUAUCUAGCAUUAAAUUCCUAACCAACUCAGUGGCAAUGUAAUAAUUUUAUUAAAAUGUCAGCAUCGAGCGUUUUGACUAUAAUAUCAAAGACUAAUUCUUAGGUGAUACCUUAUUGUAAUAACAGGUCGCGACUAGCAGCUAUCUCUACGAUUGCUGUUUUGAUAUAAUAACGUCGAUAUAAUUAUUACUAAAUAAAUAUAACUAUUUUUAAUGGAAUUAAAGUUUAUACAAACAGUAUUUCAUAUAAUGAUUUUUCCAAUAGACAAUUGCACCCUUUCAGUUUUACCUCGGUGCCUAUACGUGACUGCAAAAUGCGUUUAUUACGACAACAUGCAACAACGAAGUAUUACAAUAAAAUGUUGAGUAAAUUGUGUUGUAAUAAAUAAUAAAUAUAGGGUGUAACGUUACCUACAAUAGCACUGUACAUAGUUAAGUGCAUAUUAUUUAAAUCUUAUCAGCAGCUAACGUGAUAACUACUAUAAAGUAUUAUUUAUAGAUAUUUAUAACAAGUGUUUAUUUUCCACGAUGCAAACUUACCUGCUGAACAACUGCAGAAACAUCUACCCUUAUUGUAUUGCGCUUAAAGACUUCAGUGUUUUAAAUGCUAAAGUUUUUUUUAUAGAACAGUGGGCAAACAGGCUGGAGGCUCAUCUGAUAUUAAGUGUUACCGCCGCCCCUGGACAGUCUCAAUGCCAGGGGGUUCGCGUGUGCGUUGCCGGCCUUUAAAAGUUUUGCCACAAACGACAAACACCAAUCAAAUAACAUACCCCUGUACUAGCGGAUCAAGCGGUUUCUUAUACCACCUAUGUUAUAUUUUAUUAAAGCUUAUAUGACUAUUAUUUUACUCUGUUACCGCUAAUUUGCUUUAAGUUUAUCCUAGUGGUGAGAAAACUUAUUUUUUGAUUGCGACUUUGUAUGCACUAGUCACUUUCAAAGAUGGAGUUUUGGUAAAACCAUAUAUAUGUAUGUUUAAAAUGCGUGGAAUGUCUCUGCGUUGAUGAAUUGGUCGGCAUAAUAUUAUAUAAUUAUAGAUAUAUACAAACUUUAUAACAACGAAAGUGAGUGAUUGUUGAAGUGACGAUCCACACUCGGGGACGCAUGAUGUACGUGACGCUCAUUGUGUAUGCACUAUAGUAUACAUGCCUAUGCACAAAUUCGUAGUAACUUAAUCAUUUAGAACAAAUUAAAAUUUUCAUGAAGUUACUAAUUGUUUAAAAAUAUUUUAUGUAGUUAAUAUUUGUAUAGUUGAUGAGUAAAUGUAAUAGCAGCUCUUUCUGUAAUGAAACAGUAAUUUAAGCAUCUAAUAAUUUAUUGAGCUGUGAUAGUUAAUAAUAAUUUCAUUUGUAGAGCAUUAAUGCACAUAACAUACGUCCUUUUUCUUACAUUAUAAGGUAUUCUAUAAGAGCUGGUAACCUUAAAUAUAUAUUUAUAAGAGAUUAAAGAGGUAGAUUCAGUAGGAACUUUAUGUUCUAACUAGCUCCUAUUAAUUGAUAGAAUUUUCACUUAUAUAAAAAUUAGUAUUAUUUGAGCCGAAAUUCGUCGAGAACAUAGUUUAUCGCGUACCCUGUAAAUAUAGUCUUUGAAACUACUAUUUUAUAUAAUUUUUUGUCAUAUAUAUUUAAGAUUAUUAAAUAUUUUUACUAGCAAUUAAUAAAAAAACUGUGAAAUCUCAUAUAUAGUCUGGCGAAUAGGCGAGUGCGGUAUCUAAGUGCUUUCAAACAAAUCACAUUAACCGGCUUUAAACCAAGAGUACCUUAGUAAACAGUCGCACCACCUUGUGGGACCAAAAUUUCCUCUCGAAUGAACUAAAAUACACUUUCGAUUAUGACCAUAUUUACACUUCUGUAACUAGCCCUGUAGUUAUUGCCUUGAAGGUGCGAUGAAGACCAUCCGGGCCACAAUUAUCUAUAAUUGCAGAUUAUAUAACUCACUUCAUAGAUUGCUUCAAUUUUAUAUUAUGGAUCGUAAAAUGUGAGUUUCUUUUUUUUCUUGCAAGCAACAUUUCCGAGCUACUUCCUUCACAUUAAGUUAUUAACUAAUGUGAAUUUAAAAAAUAGUAAGUGAUUAUGUUUUAUUUUCACCAAAUGAUUCCUAUUCGUACCAAUUUUACAGUUUUGGAAAUGUUACUUAAGAAAGCAGGGUAAAAUCGCCUGACAUUCAGUAUGCAUAAGAGUAGAGUUGUAAUAUCUUAAGUAAUAAGUAAAAUAUGCGCUUACGUAAGAAAAGGUUAAGCUAUAAAAGAAAACAAUAUAAUAUUAAAGGCCCUUGCCUUAAACCUAAGUGCUACUUUGGGACCUAGCUCUGCCUAAAUAGUAUUGUACACAGCAAUUACAGUAAUAUUAGCUCUAGGAUUGUCAUACCUCUUUGUUAUUAAUAGAAUAUUUCUGAUCUAUUGUAACUCAGAUUAAAAAAAAUAAGUAGAUAAAUAGUUAAGCCAAUACUUUGUCAAGUACAUUCUAGACCUUACUUCGAACGUCAUAGUAACAUGUAUUUUUUCUGUAGGUAAGUAACGGUAGAUAUUUUAAAACCCAUUUUGUAUUUUUAAUAGCAUACUAGUUUAUCUAUAAGUAUAAAUUGAACUUAAUUUGCAGAAUGUAGACCAAGAAUUGAGCACUUUAAAAAGGCCUUUGUAAUUCCAAAAAUUUAGUGUAGAUUUUACAACAAACAUUUUUAUUACCUUCAUCGUAACGCAGGCAGCUCUAUGGACAUUUAAUUUGUUCUAUAUUUAAAAUUUCUACUUCGUCGUCCUACAUACCCAGCAUAAUUUAUAUUUCAUAACUUCUGCCUAUAUAUAUAUAUAGCAUACAUUUACAUGAGUACCUACGUGUAUGUACAGCGCAAA